AUGGCCAUGCUUGCUUCCUCUUCACCUACCUUGCUCUUCUCUGCAACCUCUUCCAAUCUCCUCCCAAUUUCAAAUUCUUCCACUUCGCGCCUUUCUUUCUCUUCUUCACUACAAUCCUCCUCUCUCUCAAUCUCCUCAACCUUUUCAUCACACCUUUCUUUAACUUCUAAACGUUUUGCUAACCAUGCUACCUUCAACAUCAGUGCCAGUGCUGCAGAGAAGAAGAAGGUUCUAAUCAUAAAUACCAACAGUGGUGGACAUGCUGUGAUUGGAUUUUACUUUGCAAAAGAGCUUCUUGGUGCUGGACACUCUGUCACCAUUCUCACUGUUGGUGAUGAAAGCUCAGAUAAAAUGAAGAAACCUCCUUUUAACAGAUUCUCAGAAAUUGUGAGUGCUGGAGGCAGUACAGUAUGGGGAAGUCCUGCAGAUGUAGGAAGUGUUGUAGGAGGGGAAGCAUUUGAUGUGGUUUUGGACAACAAUGGCAAGGAUCUUGAUGCUUCAAGGCCGGUGAUAGAUUGGGCCAAGAGUGCAGGUGCGAAGCAAUUCUUGUUCAUCAGUAGUGCCGGAAUCUACAAACCAACGGAUGAGCCUCCUCACGUUGAAGGGGAUGCUGUUAAAGCAGAUGCUGGUCAUGUUGGAGUUGAGAAGUACAUUGAAGAAACUUUUGACAGUUGGGCAGUAUUCAGGCCACAGUAUAUGAUAGGGUCUGGAAACAACAAAGACUGUGAGGAAUGGUUCUUUGAUAGGAUUGUUAGGGACAGACCUGUGCUAAUUCCUGGCUCAGGAUUGCAACUCACCAACAUAUCUCAUGUUAGAGACUUAUCUUCGAUGCUAACUCUAGCUGUCGAGAAUCCAGAUGCUGCGAGUCAUAACAUUUUCAACAUUGUGAGCGACCGUGCAGUGACUCUAAAUGGAAUAGCCAAACUAUGUGCUCAAGCUGCAGGGCACCCUGUUAACAUUGUUCAUUAUGAUCCAAAAGCUAUUGGAAUUGAUGCAAAGAAAGCUUUCCCUUUCCGUAUUACGCACUUUUAUGCUGAGCCUAGAGCUGCGAAAAGUAAAUUGGGAUGGAGUUCAACCACAAACCUACCGGAAGAUCUAAAAGAACGGUUUGAGGAGUAUGUAAAGAUUGGGAGAGACAAGAAGACCAUACAAUUCGAGCUAGAUGAUAAGAUAAUAGAGGCCUUGAAAGUUCCAGUUUCUGUCUGA